AUGGCUUCUUUUAUUAAUAUUAAUUCUGAUACUGAUGAUACUUUUGAGGAAGUUGACUUUGAUGAAAUAAAUGAGCAGAUAUUGAAUAUUUAUAAAUUUGUUCAAAAUAACAAUAGUGAUGAUGAUAACUUUAUUGAAGAAAUUGCUUAUUUUACCAAAAAUUUAACUGCACGACAUAUCCAAUUUUCUGCUAUUUCAGUUAAAUAUUCACCUACUCAUCCUGAAGUUCAAAGAGCAAUGAAAGAUAAAGCUCGAGUUGUAUUUCGUGAU